GAGCUUUAUAAUAAAAUAUAACUUAUCAUAGUUUAAAGAAACUGAAAACCAAUGUAUUCUACUAAAUAGAAGACCAUACGGAAUAUUAAUUAGUAAGUACGAAAUAAUAAUUCAAGAAACAUGCCUUUGAAGGGGAUAAAAGUAUUGGAAUUUGCUGGUUUGGCACCAGCACCAUUUUGUGGAAAAAUUUUAGCAGACUUCGGAGCAAAGGUCACAGUUAUUGAUAGGGUUCCCGACAAUCAAUUUAAUUGCAUGAACCAUGGCAAACGUGUUUUAGCUAUUAAUCUUAAAAAGCCACAAGGUCAAAACUUGGCUAGGAAAUUGUGUAAAACCCAAGAUGUUCUUAUAGAACCAUUUCGACCGGGCGUUAUGGAAAAAAUGAACUUGGGACCAGAAAUUUUAUGCAAAGAUAAUCCUGGUCUGAUAUAUGCCCGCUUAACAGGUUUUGGACAAACUGGACGUUUGGCACCUCGUGCUGGCCAUGAUAUUAAUUAUGCUGCCAUCUCGGGAGUACUGUCUAUGUUGGGUCGUAAAGGUGAAAAACCUUUACCACCCAUUAACAUUCUUGCCGACUUUGCUGGUGGCAGUUUAAUGUGUGCCUUUGGUAUUUGUUUAGCUUUGCUGGAACGUCAUCGUUCUGGACGUGGUCAAAUUGUUGACUCCGCCAUGGUUGAUGGUGCAGCCUAUGUAGCAAGUUGGUUGUAUUUGUCGCGGAAUAUACCGGCAGUAUGGGAGGGUAAAGAACGUGGCACUAAUUGGCUGGAUGGUGGCGCUUUUUACUAUGAUACCUAUGAAACUAAAGAUGGCAAAUAUAUGUCGGUGGGUGCUUUAGAACCUCAAUUCUUCGAGCUUUUUAAAAAACACUUGGGUCUACCUAAACUUUCACAGUUUGUCAGCCAAGACCAGGAGAAGGAGGCAGCAAAGGCUGACAUUACAGCGGCUUUUCUGCAAAAAACUCAAUCGGAAUGGACUGCCAUGUUUGAAGAUAUAGAUGCUUGUGUGUAUCCUAUUUUAGAUUGGCGUGACGUUAUGCAACAUGAUCAUAACAAGAUGCGUGAAUCUUUUGUAAAGUUAGAUGAUAAUCUUAUAGCUCCAAAACCGGCACCACGUCUAAGUCGUAGUCCGGGUAAAUUAAGCACUCGUUCAAGUAACUCACCGGAAGCCAUAGAGGAAGCGGCCAAUGUUUUAGGAGAUUUAAAACUUAGUCCGGUUGAAUUAGAAGAAUUGGUAAAUGAUCGAGUGUUGAUUUUGCCACAGCCAUCAGCGAAAUUGUAAAUAAAUUUAUUAUUUAAGAAAAAUGGAUUUUUUUUAGAUUUAGCUUUUUUAUUUUGUGAUAAGAUAUAAUAAAUAUGUAUGUAUUGUUGCAAUUGUAUGGGAAAUAAUCUUUAUAACAAGGUAGUAAUUUAGAUUAUAAUCUUUGUUUAUAAUUUACAUAUAAAUAAAUGUAUAUAUUUAAAAAUCA